AUGGGCUCAGCAGAAUCUCCCCAAAACAUGAAAGCUGCCGUCAUAUCUGAGUUCCAGAAACCAGUACAGAUAGUUACCCAACCAGUCCCUUCACCAGCAGCAGAUCAGCUACUCGUCAAGGUCACCAGUUCAUCGCUGUGCAACUCAGAUCUGGCCGCGUGGCUUGGUCAUGUUGGGGCCAGAACACCAUACUGUCCUGGACACGAGCCGGUGGGAAUCAUUGAGAGCGUAGGAAGUGCUACCCGGGGGUUCCAGCCAGGCGACCGGGUGGGAUUCAUGCCGCAUUCGCAGACCUGCAUGGAGUGCCCCGAAUGUGUGAGCGGACAGCACCGUUAUUGCGAGAAGAAGACCUGCGUCGGCUUCCACGUCCCAUGGGGUGGCUUCAGUCAAUACUGUCUAGCUGACCCCAUAUCAACCGUCAAGCUCCCGGAUGGACUAAAGGAUGAAUGGGCCGCACCACUCCUCUGCGCCGGCGUCACCGCAUACGGUGCCAUCAAGAAAGCCGCCGUCGUCGUCCCCGGCGGGAUGACUCUGAACGUCAUCGGCUGUGGUGGCGUUGGGCAUCUGGUUAUUCAGUAUGCCAAGGCGAUGGGAUAUCGGGUCCGUGGAUUCGACAUAUCCCCCGACAAACUCUCCCUCGCCACACAUUCGGGCGCCUUCGAAACCCACCGCUCCGACCAGCUCUCCCCCAAAGACAAGGCCCAGACCAAAGCCCUGCAAGCCCGCGCGACAAUCGUCGCAUCGGGCUCUCCAGCCGCAUAUGAGCUCGCAUUCCCCCUCACCGCCACGCACGGCCGCGUCAUCGCCGUCGGCGUCUCGAAAGACACUGUCCCGGUCAAUCUGCUGGAGAUGGUAACGCGAGAUCUGUCGCUCGUGGCGACGAAUCAGGGGUCGCGGCAGGAGUUGGCGGAGUGUCUUGAGAUCGCUGCUGCGACUGGGGAUAUUAGGCCUGUGGUGGAGAUGAGAGGGUUUGGGGAGCUAGAGGAGGGGUUUCGGCACAUGGCAGCAGGGAAGACAAGCCUGGACAACACUCCGCACCCUACAAGAUUCCAACACAUACCACAACGAAUUCAGCUCCGACAGCGUCCACCAAGAUGCCCUGAUAUCGACCAUACUGUUCCCAGAGUAGCCAUCGGGCAACGUGCGCUUCUCCGUCGUACACCCUCCGGCAAUCUCCUCUGGGACUGCAUCACCUAUAUCGACGAUGAAACCGUGGCCAAGAUCAAGGAUUUAGGCGGUAUCAAAGCGAUAGUCAUCUCACAUCCGCACUUUUAUACCACGCACCUGCACUGGGCAGAGAUCUUUGACUGUCCCGUUUACCUGGCUCGGGAGGAUAAAGAGUGGGUAGUGCGCAUGGGGGAGAAACAGGUACUCUGGGACUGGUCGCAGUUACCGUUCCCCGGGAGUGGUUGA